AUGCCACGUAGAAUAUAUUCUGUAAGACAUUGUCAACGAGAGGAUAAUAUAAAUGUAAAUUGGCAACAAAUAUAUCCAGAUUUUAAAUCAGAUAAUUCACCUUUAAGUAAUAAAGGUAGAAAAAAUCAAGGGUUAGCAUUAGAAAAGAGAUUUCGUGAUAUAAAUAUUGAUUAUGUUUUUUCAUCUCCAAUGGAUAGAACUUGUGAAACUACAACUAUUUUAUUAGAAUGUUUAACAAUGUGUUUAGAUCCACCAGGAUGUUGGGAAACAGAAAAAUUAAAAGAAAAAUAUGAUAAAAUAGAUUUGUCUUAUCAACCAAUAAUAACAGAAUAUCCAAAAAUUGAAAAAGGAUGGGAUGAUAGUAAAUGUUCAGGUAUAAAUGAUCAAAUAUUACUUGUAUCACAUGCUUCACCAAUGGCUGCAAUUCAUGAUGUUUUAAAUGGUCAUUGGAACUACCCUUGUCAAGGUUCCAUUUCAAUUUAUGACGAGGUAGGUAACGGAACAGGAACAUUUGUUUGUUCCAAAUUUAACGAUACUACUCAUCUUAAAAUGCAGCUUUGGGUGAAAUAA